AUGGCGAAAACAAACCUAAACCGCCGCUUCCUCAUCGAACUCAACGGUCAAUUCGUCCGUUCGUUAUCUGAUACCGAAACUGCCAAUCUAGCGGCCAAUAGGGAGGAAAAGUACCCCGUUAACAUGGGAGACCGCGGUCAAGCUGCGGUAUUCACGCUGCAGAAUGGUCUCCUACUCAGCCGCAACGAAGUCGGCGUUCUUGUUGUGGGCCGGUGGUUGCAAGAGGCAUCGACCACGUUCGAGCCUCUGCCUAUGUACUGGGCGAGUCAAUUUGAUAAGGUGAAGUCGGUUCAGUAUAUGGGGGAGGGGGACGAUGUUCAACUCGAGUCUUUUGACUUUCCUCUUGGGGCACUGCUCGACGAUGAUGGGCAGACAAGGUUGUAUGCGCGUCAUCCGAGUAUGGAUAUUGGGCCUGGGACAAAGUUGCACUGGCAGGAGACAAAGGCUUAG